AUGGGUAAUCAGCCUAUCACGCCGGUGGAGUCCCAAUCGGAAUCCAACGAAGAAGAUGAAGAAGGAUUUUCCGAUGAAGUUUCCGACUCUGAAGUCGAACAGACCCAGACACGGAUCACGACGCAAAAGAAAUCAAAUCCUCAGAUGUCCGCCAUAUCAUCGCCGCAGCGGCAGGCCCCUUCCGCCGCGGGGACGGAGGCCUGGGAGAAAAAGUCCGAUCUCCUCCAGAGACUGUGGAGCCAGGAGGAUGAGAUCGUCAUCUUGAAGGGGAUGAUCGAUUACACGUCUAAGCACGAAUCCGACCCGAUUUCGUAUUUGAACGCCUUUCACGAUUUUACCAAGAAAAAUGCUAGCAGGAGUCAGCUACAGGAAAAGAUUGAGAGAAUGAAGAAGGAAUACAAAAACAGCAAGAUAACCUUCUCGAAGCCUCACGAGAAGCAGAGUGCUUGCAAUUUGUCGAAAACAAUACAGGGGAAUGAAGAAAAGGGGCGCGCAAAAGUGAUGAGAGCUAAAGGUAGUGUGGCGACGAUGGAGGGGAGGAUGUUGAUGUAUGGUGAAGAGGCAUUUGAGUCGGGGCAAGGGGCGGCGUGGGAGAAGGAGUGGAACGAGCUGAGAUCGGAGGAGCUGCGGCUUCACCUCAAACAGAUGGAGGUUAGAGUAGCUCAGACCAAGCUUGUUUUAGGAGCUUUGGAUCACUAA